GCUAACCCGGCCAUUAAUGAACCUGUAAUAUUGCCAUCUGUGAGCACAUCUAUUGGUAUACACAAUCCCCCACGAAGCGAUAAACUUGUACAAUUGCCACCGGUGAAUUUACCGCACUUCGACGGACGCUACGAAGAGUGGCCAAGUUUUGCUGAUGGUUUUCAAUCAAUCGUUGGAAAAAAUUCGGAAUUACGAGAUAUACAAAAAUUUGCGUAUUUAAAGUCAUGCGUGUCGGGCGAGGCAGAAGAGAAAAUACGGGAUUUAGUAAUUACCGAGGGCAAUUAUCAGAUAGCAUGGGAACUACUAGAGUCAUAUUACGACAAUCCUAUUUUAUUAAUUAAUCGACACAUAAGGGCAAUUCAAGAGUGCCCCAAGAUGAGUAGACAAUCUCCGGAAACGUUAAUUCAGGCCGCGAACACUCUCGUUACCAACUAUAAAGCGUUAUUAUCCACAMAAAAGAAUUUUGCUGAGGCAUUCCCCAUAUACAUGAUCGUUUCCCGAAUGGACGAACAGACGCGGUAUGAAUGGGAGAAGCAGCGYCCCAAACUAGAGUUACCGACCAUAGACGAGCUUUCAAGUUUCUUAUUUAAUGCCGGACGCGCACUUCUUACGUCGCAACCUGCAAAAGAGUCAAGAGAUAYGGGAAGGAAUAGYAUGAACAAUCCGCCUAGACCGCUUACACGGUACGGCAAUCCGCGAAGCGCAGCACAGCUCAAUACACGUUAUACAAAUUUGCAAAGACCGUCACAGAACGAUGCACGCCAAAAUCCAGUACAGGUUUAUGCGUCACAAUUUCAAAGUCAAUGCUACGUAUGUUCGGGUAGUCAUCUAGUAUUUGCAUGCGAUCAAUUAAUAGGUGCUAACGCCGAGGAGCGAAAUAGGAUCGUCAAAGAAGCAGGAUUAUGUAUAAAUUGUUUGCGACCUGGUCAUAGGGCUGAGGAUUGCCGUUMUAGUUAUUGUARAAAAUGUGGGAACAAGCACAACACGUUAUUAMAUAUAGACGAACAAAUUUCAGCGGUGCAAUGCUCAUACGUUAAAAUCAAUCAUGCACCUCUGCCUACAUUAUUAUUAACCGCUGURGUUUCAUUAUUAGAUCGCGACGGUAUUCCACACAAGUGCCGAGUACUCCUAGAUUCAGGCGCCGGGGCUAAUUUCUUAACGCUCGAGUUUGCCAGCAAGCUACGAAUCGCAYAAYAAAGWGUGAACAUAYCAAUAGCCGGGAUAAAUAAAAUUGAAACUAAYGCCACCAAGGCCCUAGUAACGACCAUGCAAUCGCAGACRGAAAACUACGCAGUUGAACUAAAGUUCUUACUUCUACCCAGUAUAACAAAUAUUUCACCAUCGCAACCAAUACCCCCGGAAGAAUUAACAAUACCUGCAAAUAUCCGCUUGGCUGAUACCGGUUUCGAUAAACCUUCGAGAAUAGACGCGAUUCUCGGCAUGCCCAUUUUCUGUGCUUUAUGGCACGCCGGACAGAUUAUUCAAAUCAAUGAAUCAAUAUCUUUGCAAAAUUCACGAUUAGGUUGGRUCGCAGUAACGACCUCAAAUAUGCAUUUGCCACGAAACGUAAAAUGCCAUACCGCACUUAUAGGAUUGCAAGAACAAUUAGAAAAUUCUUGGCGCGUUGAGCAAACGCCAGAAAGGAAAAUCAGAUCUCAGGAGGAGGAGUAUUGCGAAUCGCACUAUGAAACUAAUACGCGCCGUGAUCCAUCGGGUAGAUAUAUA